GAUAGAAGCUGCAGUGACAUUAAAGUUCGAAGUCCGCAGGCCACGAGUGGCUCUUACGUCAUCGACCCUGAUGGCGAUGGAGGCAACGAACCUUUUAACGUCUUUUGUGACAUGACUGACAAAAACGGUGUUGGUGUGACCGUGGUAGGUCACGACAGCGAAGCUAGAACGCUAGUUGUUGGAUACGAAGCACCAGGGAGUUACGUGAAACAUAUCACCUACAAUGCAACGGGGCUUAUCGGCGUGGCACAGUUAGCAGGCCUAGCAGAUGUUUCCACUCACUGCGAACAGUUUAUUAAGUAUGAAUGCUAUGGUGCCCUUCUUUUCAGAGUUGAUGAGUGCUGGUGGGUAUCACGUCACAAUCAAAGUAUGUUCUAUUGGGGAGGAGCUAAGCCAGGUGAUAACCAAACGUGCGCUUGUGGGGUGACGUCGCCAAACUCGUGCGCAGACCCCUCUUUUGGAUGUAACUGCGACAAGAAUGAUUACACGUGGCGCGAGGACAGCGGUUUCCUCACUGAGAAAUCCCAACUUCCUGUGAUAGAGUUAAGGUUUGGGGACACAGGUAACUCACCAGAGAAAGGCUAUCACACCCUUGGAAAAUUCAAGUGUUACGGUUAGUUAGCCCAAUAUUAGGGUUCCUUAGUAUUAAGCCAGAUAAAUCAAAACAAUAAAGGAAGUUAAGUCACAUUAAAUCCAACUGCUAUCCAAAGUUUAGAUUUGUUUUUAAGUGGCUGUGUCACCGCUGUCCAAUUCAUUUUGUUUCUAGAUAUUGUCUCUAAUGCCAUUAGCCUCCCACGCAAGCGUUUCUUUGGGAGGGUAGGGACGAAAAACGAGCCCCCCCUAAAAACGCCUGCGUGAGAGGUUAUAAUGCCAUCUACGGGUCUAUAUUCGCUAAAAUACUUGACAAACCUGUGAAUGACAAAAUCACAGUUGCGUGUCAUACAAAAUAUGUCUCCUAAGCAUUGUAUCCAUGGUUAAAAACAGCAAAAAUGAACUUUGAAAAACUGUUAGGUGAGCAAGGUUUCAAAAACCACACUUGAAUUCCCUUUCAAUCGUCUUGAAGUAUGUCCAUCCCUGCUUCCCUUUGUAUUUGCUGUGUCAUUUAUACCUUGUUCUAACUUUUGAAGCGGUUAUUUUAAUGUUUUACUCAAUUUGGUGAUAGUUCCGACUGUUUAAAUGUUGAUAAAAUUCGUGGCACAGCUCCUUUAAAAUGAGGCGAAGUGCGAAGCCUUUUGAUAUGAAAAUUAAUUUCAACGAAGAAAAGAGUCAAGAACUUACCUCGUUUUGAAAAUGAGGGUUUUUGGAACUCGGAAAAUAAUAUUGAAAUAUUGAUCGCAUGAAAUGGCUAUUAUGGUAGGUCACAAUAAUUGACGUGAAAGAAAAGAUAAUUCAAUGUUGAUGAUUUAGUGCCUGACUCCUUAAUUGCAGAUAUAUAUGAGUGUCAACCAGAAAAGCACAACUGUCAUGUAAACGGUAUGUGCAAUUACACCAAAGGAUCCUUUGUUUGCACCAGCACAGGUGAGAAUAGUAUCUUGGUCUUAUUUAUAAUCUUUUCCUAAUCAACUCCAUUUUCCUCGCAUUUAGGCCAAGAUCAGUCACAAGGUAGUAUGCUUCUUAGUCCGUAGAGCUGUAGUUUGUUCUUUUAAGUGUCACCCUCUGAAAAAGUGUUCCAGGGGCCAAAAGUUGUGGUCAACCGAUUUGGCUAAAGCUUAGCACAGACGUUGGGUGUAAUGAAGUAUUUCAAAAGCCACUUUGGCUCAGUUCUCUGACUUUUGGAGUUUUAGGGGCAUCUCAUGUUUUGCCCUUUGAGCUCCAAAAAUCCAGUCUUCCUCGGGACAUUUUUUAAGUGCCAUAAAAUGUCAUUAGCAAAUUGUGUUGCUAAAUGAAUUUGACGAUGAACUGUACUAUAAUAGAACUUUCAGUUCAUGCACGUAAAUUUGUCCUCAAGGUAUUGGACAAAGAGGGGCCUGGGGCUAGAGUUUGGCUAAAAUUGAUGUCAAAAUUACCACCCAAAAUUGCCAUUUUUCAAAAGUUUAGUAUAUUUACCUGCGUUCUUGCAUAAUUUCCAAACCUAUACCAUUGUUUACUUUAGUUACCAAAUUAUCAAAAUCAGUUGAGAAAAACUUUUUCUUUAUAUUUGUCACGCCCAUUUUUAUAUUUUUCUAAGAUAACGUUAGCUUAACGAAAACGUUCGUUAACAUAUAAUCUUCGUCUGACCUUUCAAAGCGCAGUUUGUUAAAUGAUGAAUAAUGAGAGGUAUAAAAAAUCCUUGCUCCCAGAACGCAAGCUGCAAUGAUGUCGCGACAGUCCCUGUAUUAUUCUCGGCUCUUCCCAAACUGUCCCCCGCCCCUAAGUAGAAUUGAUAUACUCAUCUCCAGGCUACGUAGACUCAGUACAUUUGUAAGGAUAGGUGCUAAGUAUUUCGUAGAUAUUGUAACUCCCAGAUUACAAACAUAGGCACGUUUUACGUGCAUGAGCGAUUUUGAAUGCUUCAGUGUAACAGUAUCGGCAAUCUACUGUCUUAAUCCUAAAUCAAGGGUAUGUUUUGUGCGAAAUUGGGUAUUGCUAUACAUUAAUGAAAACGAGAACCGCAGUGCAUAGCUGAUUCGAUCUGAUAAAUUCACUUUUCUUUGUCUUUCCUUCAGACAUUUGGUGUAAAAUAAACAAAUUGUUAAAGUACUAUGAAUAUUAA